UCUCUCCAGCCCUCCCUCCCUCAGUGAAAAUCAGCUGGGACCUGCAGGAAAUGUCGUCUAAUCCACAUCCAAAUAUAGUAAUUUGAGUGGAUCUGUCCAUGGUGCUGAAGGUUGGACAGCAGACGGUAGGGGAGAUGGACAGAAGAUAGCUCAUCACAGAUCACAGGCUCCUAGCUUUACCCACACUUUACUCAUUAUGGGAGAUCUAUAGGUGAUUAAACGGUGAAGACAGAUUUUGGAAUAAACACCUUGAAAUUGAGAGCAGAUGACCUGGACUGAUGUUUUAGAAGCUGAAACGGAUGGAACCUUCAGAUGGAAUGUUGACAAAUCACUGAGUUUGUAAUAACCUCAGAUUGUCCUAGACUGAUAAUCAAAACCUAUCAUCUCCAGCCUACUGGUAUAUGCUGAUCUUCCACAUAGCAGUGACUGGAGAGAUUUUUUUCUCCUCUCUCUUUUUUCUAUGGCCAUCCCACGCAAGAAGGAGGGAUAAUAUCCUUUAGUGCAAAGUCCUAUCUCCCCCAUUAUCAAUCCUAUGGCUUCCCCCAUUACUACUUAAGCUGAUGUGUAGUGAUACCUGCCUCUCACAAGGCCAGACCUCAGCAACCGUAUUUUUAUUUAUUUUUUCUUUUAGUUAAAAAAAAAGACUUUAUAUAAUCCAACAUUCCUAUUGCUUCCUUAGUUAGACAGCACUUUCAAAUCUAGCACAAAAGUCGUAAUGAGAACUUUUUCAUUCCAAGCACAAAUCUGAUCUUUGGAAAUUUUCAAAGGAAGAACAUAAAAAAAUGGAGUUUAAAAAAGAAGAAUUCAAGAAAUUUGCGGGGAGUACCCUGGGCCACUUACACAGGAUAUUAGAGAAAAGGCAAGGAAAUGGAGAAACCAUUGAGCUCACCGAAGAUGGACGACCUGUUACCAAAGAUCAGAAACGCCAACCUAUGGUUGAUUGCACUUGUUUUGGACUCCCCCGUCGUUACAUCAUCGCUAUCAUGAGUGGUUUGGGUUUCUGUAUCUCAUUUGGCAUCAGAUGCAACCUUGGUGUGGCCAUUGUCAGCAUGGUGAACAACAACACAGUAUUUAAGGAGGGCAAGGAAGAGGUGGAGCCAGCAAAGUUCACUUGGAAUUCCGAAACAGUUGGCAUGAUACAUGGAUCGUUCUUUUGGGGUUAUAUUGUCACGCAGAUUCCGGGAGGAUACAUCUGUCAAAAAUUUGCAGCCAACAGAGUGUUUGGGUUUGCCAUUGUGGCUACCUCUACAUUGAACAUGCUGAUCCCGUCGGCUGCCAGAGUACACUUUGGCUGUGUAAUUUUUGUCAGGAUCCUACAAGGAUUAGUAGAGGGAGUUACGUAUCCUGCGUGCCAUGGGAUCUGGAGUAAAUGGGCCCCACCUCUCGAACGCAGCAGGCUUGCCACAACUGCCUUUUGCGGUUCUUAUGCAGGAGCUGUGGUGGCAAUGCCAUUAGCUGGGGUAUUGGUACAGUAUUCUGGGUGGAGCUCUGUGUUCUAUGUGUACGGGAGCUUUGGUCUAACAUGGUACAUGUUUUGGAUCCUUGUUUCUUACGAAAGCCCUGCAGAGCAUCCUACAAUAUCAGAGGAAGAAAAACAAUACAUCGAAGAGAGUAUUGGAGAAAGUACAACUUUCAUGAACCCAUUGGUGAAAUUCAAGGCUCCAUGGAGAAAGUUCUUCACCUCUAUGCCAGUGUAUGCCAUUAUCGUUGCAAAUUUUUGCCGUAGUUGGACUUUCUACCUUCUGCUCAUUAGCCAGCCUGCUUAUUUUGAAGAAGUCUUUGGAUUUGCAAUUAGCAAGGUUGGACUUCUGUCAGCUUUACCUCACUUGGUCAUGACUAUUAUAGUGCCCAUCGGAGGACAAAUCGCUGAUUUUCUACGUACCAAAAGGAUAAUGUCUACUACCAACGUGCGAAAAAUGAUGAACUGUGGUGGGUUUGGCAUGGAGGCAACACUUCUAUUAGUCGUAGGUUACUCCCAUAGCAGAGGAGUGGCCAUCUCCUUUCUUGUUCUGGCGGUGGGAUUUAGUGGCUUCGCUAUAUCAGGUUUUAAUGUUAAUCAUCUGGACAUUGCACCUCGCUAUGCUAGUAUUCUUAUGGGCAUUUCCAAUGGUGUGGGAACUUUAUCAGGAAUGGUCUGUCCCUUGAUUGUGGGAGCCAUGACGAAGCACAAGACUCGAGAAGAAUGGCAAUAUGUUUUCCUUAUCGCUUCCCUUGUUCACUAUGGUGGGGUUAUUUUCUAUGGAAUAUUUGCUUCAGGAGAGAAGCAGCCAUGGGCAGAACCAGAAGAAACUACGGAUGAAAAGUGUGGUUUCAUCCACGAAGAUGAACUGGCUGAAGAGAGUGAGGACCAGCCUCAGGUUCAUGGAGGGUACGGUAGCUAUGGUGCCACCAAGAGCACAAGCUUUGCCAAUGGUGGGUGGCCAGCAGAAUGGGAGAAGAAAGAAGAAUUUAUACAGGAUGAAGGGAAAGACCCCUAUUUAUAUGGGACAGCUGCUGAAAGGGACUUGUCUUGAACAUAAAAAACAAACAACAAAAUAUAUAAAUUUUAAAAUAGCAAUGUCUCAACUCCAACUUUGAGAUGAGCAUAAAAAAUAUGGAACGCGAGGUGACUGGUGUUGCCAAAUCUCCCACUUUGAAUCACAUGAUCACAGCAACUUCCUUUCAGUUAAUUAAAUACUGGUCAAUGUAUUAUAUGUUAGGGGAGUAUAGGCAGUGCCUUUUCAUGCUCCCAAGCCCUCUUACAAAUACCCCCCAAAAAUAUUUAUGGUGUCCAAGGGCCUUUUUUGUUUCUGGUAUCAGUGGUUUGCUUGUUACAUGUAUAGAUGCCACAUAUAUGUUCUAAAGUCCAUCACUUGUAUAAGUGUGUAAGCAAUAACAAAUAAAAAAGGUGCAUUUUAUCAUUGAUGGUGAACAUAUCCUGUUCACAUUUUCACUGGAAGCUCAAGAUUGUUUUUAAAACAAAGAAUAUAAUUUAGCAUUCCAGUUGAUCAAAUAAUUGUAAAAUGUGAAGGGUCUACUGACCACUUCAUAAAUGUCAGGUUGAUCCGCCCAUUCAUUUUUUUCUCAAGAGUGGUGCAGAAAAUAAUAAAAUAUGGAUUUACAGAUAGCAUAACUCCCUACCACCUUUCACACCGUGGUGAUAAAUAUGGUUCAACAACUUUUCAUAACGCUAUAUACUAUUGCAAGAGAGAAUGAGGCUUAAUGGCAUCCAACAUAUCAUACGGUGAUACUAUAACAUGUGUUCUUCCAUAGGAGAUGGUUGGAAUUUAUCUCCCAUUGUGGAGCGUGUUGUCGAUGUCUAGUUUUUUUGGAGUCAGUUUGUGAUUGGUGUAAUUGGUGAGAACUUUUAGUGUAUUGUUCAGCGAGUGAGAAAUUGAGUGAAUGAAGUCAUCGCAUGCAGCACUGUUCUUUGGACCAAUGGAGUUUCAAAAAUAUCACCAUCUUCUAAGUUUUCAUUACUUCUCCACCUAUUUUAAUGUCCAAGAAAACAGAGAAAAUUCAACAUGCCCCAUAGUCAGAGCCUGAUAAGUGCAUUACAGUUCCGUUUCCUUUGUGGCCUCAUUGUACAUUGCAGUAAACCUUGGUGUAGAGUGUGCCCCCAUCACAACAAUUGUUUCCAUUAUUAUUGAAUAUUGAGCAUUUAGAAUUUUAUGCCAAAGCCCUUUCUGGACUUUUCAAACCUUAUCCAAAGAAGAUAGCUGUGCAAAACUGUUAGUUUCUUCAGUUUUGGUGGAAGAAAUUUAACUCCAGCAUUGAAGGGGCUAUACUGUAUGUGUAUAGAGUGUUUGAGUGCAAUAUUGAUGAGUGGGUUUUUUUUUUUAGAAAUUUAUCACCUACUAUUCCGGUGGAUUUAGUUCUUCGGAUAUGGGUUGUAAGUUUGUGUUAUCUAAUUACCAGCCAAACCCAAGGCAUUCUAUACAUUUAGCUUAAAUAAAUGAAAAAAUCAGUACUGCGCAUGGAUAGGUUUUCUGAGAAGGGGAAUGGCAGUGGAGAUAUAAUGAAUGAAAUAUGGAGAUGUGCAGUAAUUGUACAUAAGAAUAAAGUAUAUUACAAUUCACA